GACACCCUUGACUGUUUGUCUAGUCUGAAGCGCCUAGCCGUCGUCCAAGCAUCUGCAACCAAGGACGUCGCAGCUGGAGCUCGGGAAACGAGCAUUCGCGCCCUCGGAUUAGGAGCGUCUCAGAUUGUUGGCAGAAGCACUCGUUGGGCUGCAAUGAAAGCCACAUCCUUCCUCGCGUAAACUCGCUGAGCAAUCGCCGCCGCCAUGGGUGUCGAAGCCCAUCAACGACCACCGCUGCCUGCGCCCACCGAACCUACCGAUGUCGACGACACCGACGUAGCCACAAACGUCUCACGCCGUACCGACCAGACCUCCUACUCGAUCCCAGAGGACGGCAGUCCCAUCACCAUCUCGACGCACAAACUCACCUCCAAAGAAGGCCCACGCCUCCGUCACGGUCGCAACAAGUCCCAGACCUCGCUGUUGAUCGAGUACUUCGAAGCCACAAAGGGCGACAAAGCGAAGAACAGACCUAGUGUGCGCGUCAAAGUCACCCCUUCAGCCCAUCGCAAGUCCAAAAACUCGGAUUCGGUACAGAUCACUGGCAUUGGUCGCGAUAAGAAGCCUUCAUACACCCGUCGAAUCUCUCUGGGCAGCAAAACAUCUGACAAGACCGCGCCUGUCGACGGCACCGACAUCAGCCAGUCUUCUGGAAGCAACCUCUCUGCUAUCCCACCUGUCGAGGUCGAGAUUCUCAACAACAGCGACAUAUCAAGCCUAAAGCACGGCCGCGAAUCUCGCGACUUGCAUUACUUGCCCACCACUUCGGACCUCUCGUCAAUGCCUCCUGACAGUCUGCUCGAUCCUUCUCACAUAUCCGCCAUGACACAAGAUGUAUCCGAGCAUGCAAGCCGCAGUCAGAGCCUUCUAGACCUUCCUGUACAGGAUCGAGCACGCAGUGCGAGUCAUGAGCGUAUCAAGCAGAAAGUCAUCGAGAAGCUGAUGCAACGUCAACGGGCCGAGCCAGUCGAGUACGAACCCGACACGAAGCCAACCAGGGAGCGUCGUCGCCGCUCAUCUCGCUCUACACGUGAAGAUGAACUUGCAAGUGCUGCCGAAUCAUCCAUUCUCUCUUCCAAUCUUUCCCCGAGCAAUAUUUCAUACGUUUCGGGCACUACCUCGAAGGUAUCGUUAAACAACCCGAAGCUUCUCCAAAUGGUCGAGGAUACUGUGCGUCGUCUGAUCUUGCCUGAGAUCACUCAACUGAAGAAUGAACAGCGGCGUUCUUCGCAGGGUUCAUAUACAGAGGAAGAGAUUGACCGACGCCAUGCCAAAUCUACAAGUGUGCCCUCGAUAUCCAGCAAGCCUAAAGUCGUGCUCAACCGGUACGAUGACAACCCUGGCGAGGUACUCUCCCGAGGAGACUCUGAGCGGCGCGAGAGAACCCGUCGAUCUAGUCGCGCUGAUAGCGAACAACCUCGACGCGAACGUCGUUCCUCACGAACCUCGACACAAGAAGAGUCUGUGCAUAGAAGGUCGAGCAAAGACAAGGAGUCUCAUCACAUCAAGGACGCUACUGCUGCUGGUAUCGCUGGCGGUGUCCUUACAGCUGCGGCUCUUCGUCAUCAUGAUUCACAAGACACCGUCAGCCGUGAACGUCGCAAGAAACGCAAAGCCCGCGGAAGUCGUAGUGACUCUACAAGUCUGGCUGAGACCGAAAAGACUUAUCGUAAAGAGCAGAUUCCUCCUAUGCCAUUCACCGGUGCGUCGGUCAUGAACGACUCGGAAGUGACCCGCGAAUCUAUCCUGACCGCGUCUACUGAGCGACCGCCAUCCGCUACAAUAACAGAACGUCAGACUCCAAUCCGUGAGGUACGUCGAGGCUCACUUCGAGGCUCUUUGUCGCCUGCAUCGACAACCCCCAAAGCGAAGGGGGUCCGCUCGCCUCAGACCUUAGCACUCUCUAAGAGUAACACUUCCCCGAUGGAAGAGGAGCCUUCGAGCGCUCAGUCGAUCUCAACCAAGGCGAAACUUGCAGCACUAGCUGCGGCCGGCCUAGGAGGCGCCGAAGUUGUGCAACAUCACAGCCCGCGUAAUCAUGAACUGAGUCCUACGCAGAGUGUAUCCACAUUCAGGGAUAGUCUCCACGAUCCCUUGGUUCCUCAUGGCCUACGACCUCGUAGCAGAGUCUCCGAGCUGUCCGCCGAAUUUGAGGAGCGUCAACGGAACGCCUUGUAUCCUGUUUCGGCGCCAACAUCUCCCAACGCUCAGAAAAGCAAGUUCGAUCUUCCUAGAGCCUCCUACUCGCCUACGCAAGUAUACGAUGAAGCCGAAGAACGCAGUGAGCUAGAAGAGUGGUUCCAGCAGGAGCAUGAGAAGAACGAGGAAUAUCGUAAAUCCCUCGGCGACAUAAGCACAGUGACUGGGUCUCUUGAUGAUCGCCGUUUGACACAAUACACAGAAGGUAGCUAUCUUUCGAGCGAACAUAGUCCAGAGCGUAACGUCAAAGGAGCUGCUGCGACUCCUCAGUACACACAUCUGCCUCAUGGCGUUGAAUCUGCCGUCGCCUCUCUGGUUGAUCCUUCGACGAUCAGUACAAGCAUCCAGUCCUCACAGGCAAGCCCUAGUAAUUUCGAAGAUGUUCGUUACCAUGAGCAGACGAACGAGAAUGUAAGAGAGGAGCUUCGCGGCCCAUCUCUUAGUCGCCAAAGUAUGGAGUCAAAGACUCAGCACCCGACACAGACCCGCUGGAGCAUAUUGCGUGAGAAUGCCGCGGCUCUAUCCAGUCGCGGCUCAUCCGCUCAACCUACGGAUUCCCCACACCAAAGCGAAUCUUUCCACGAGGAACGUACGCAUGUGGACUCGCCCCCUGUCCGCCUCAGCGCGCAUGGCAUUCCUGAUCUCAAUGAUCCUAUGCCCGAGAUUGGACAUGGGAUCGACUCUGAGUCUGACUUGAGUACAAACCCUCCCGAGAUUCAAGGUCCUGGCCCAGGCAAUGGUCGCUUUGAAUUUCAUCAUUCUUUCUCGCAAAGUCCCGAGAGAGAAUCUAUUCGUCACGACAGUAUCUCCGAGCACAGCUUCUCGAUGAACGACAGAAUCAAAGUGGGCGCGGACAUCGCCGCCGGUGUUUUCGCUGCCGACAAACUCUUGAACCGACACAGUUCUGACAAGCAUCUUUCUGCAAAUCAGGCCGUAGUUGAGGACUAUGCUUCUCGCGAGACGACUCCAGAUGUGCGUCAGGCGCAGGCUGUCCGAGUGGGCCGUGCAGGAACGGCUUCUCCUCCGGCUCACUUUGGCGAUGAAGGAUACGCAUCUGCUGCCUACGCUCGCUCGAACGGUGCCUCUACCCCAAGAGGCCACAAGAUGAGCGUCAAGAACAAUCUCGAAGAAUAUAAUGCGGAGACGACACUUGAUGAGACUUUCAUUGAGAAGCACCACCGUCACUUGAGUGGCAACUCUCAUGGCAUGUCCUCUCCGCUCUAUGACAGUGCUACCGGCAGAGGGAUUGAUACGAUCCAAUCCAAGGACGUGGUCGCCUUGAUGGACCACCUUACAGUUCGAGACGCGCACCGUAAUGCAAGGGAUACUGAGAUCCUUGUCACACUAGUCCGCAGUGCUGCAGAGAUGCGCCACGAGUUCGAAGAAAUGAAGAAAUUCAUCGCCGAGCAGGAUCGCAAAAUCAUGGACAACACGGAUCGCGAUGCCGAGUACACUGUCAAGAAAGUGCUCGGUGGCCCUCGACCCCAGCCACCGAUUGUCCCUCGAGCCACUCAUGGCAACUACAACGAUGACGAUCUCCCAAUGAAACGUAAGAACGUCUUCAAGCGUGCGCUCAAGGGGCUAAGUAAGAGAGGCUCGAAUGACUUGUCCAAGAUCGAGGACAUGUUGAAUCAGAUACUUGGAGAUGUUGAAGAUCUGAAGCUGACGCAAGGAGAUCGACCACCCAUGUCGCUCCGCGGUAGUAGCUUCGACUCAUACGAAGAUCGAGCACACUAUGGACGAGACUCUGGAUAUGAGCCUGAGGGACAAGCCGGUACCUCGUCCACUCCAAACCACUCUGGCCAUCUCUCAAACCAAUCUGGUAAUGCGUCGUUCCCUUCUCCUAAGGAGAACACAGUCUCUCCACAAGAGAGAUAUUUCCAUUCUGGGUACAAUGGUCGCAGAGACUCAAUCAAUCGCGUCAGCACGGUACUAGAAGAGGAGAGCAACGAUGGCAGGUCUUUCCUGGAGCAGCAUGAGACUCACGUUCUCGAUAAUCAGUUUGAAAACAACGAGCGGCUUCUGACACCGACACAAGAGUCUUUCAACCGACAAUCUGGGUCUUCCGACUCCAUUGCUACACCUCCUCAGAAACAACAUAGCCCUUUCGACGCUCAGACUGGUGCUGAUAGUACUCCCGAGAAGCAGCACAAGCACAAAUCUAAUAGUUCGUCUCUGUUUGGGAUUCCCAAGAUGUCGCGUUGGUCUAAGACGACGACCUCUUCCGGUCCGGAGAAUUUAGAAGUCUACGGUCAACGUCGUAGCCAAUACACCAACGCCUCUAGAAGUGGCGAUAGUCUAAGCUCAGACGACGGAGCAUACUACGGCAACGGGUAUGCACUGCAGUCCGAUGAUCGUCUUCGAUCUACCCAGUCAUUAGCAAAGGAGCAAACUGUCAGAGAACAUUUGCUCGACAACAGAAGCGUGCACAGUGAACUCAGUAAUAUGACACGGACACCGUCACCGCUCAUACCAUCAGAGUCGGGCUCCCAAUUUGACAACAUUCCCAUCCUCCUUCCUGAAGACGACGAUCUAGACAGGUUCGAUGAUCCUAAAUACUCAGCUCACCGCGAUUCCUUGUUGUUGCAACAUCCCCAGCCUCGACCAGGACAGACCCAUCGCCAUCAAACAAAUCUCGAGAAUGAGGCUCGCACAUUCAGCGGACCCGAUCAUUUCGAGACAGGAACAAGCAGCGAUCUUUCUCAGCGUACAGUGGAGAGUGAUUUUGAUCCUCAACAAUGGGGAUCGGAUCCUUCACUUUCUUUGGCUCGUACCAACAAACUCAGCGGCAUCUCUCCUGGUAAGGAUAAUGGACCUCUCGUCCCUGGAAGUAAGCCAAAGCCUGCACCCAGAGUUGAAGUCGAGCCACCAAAGGAGCAGCGACAGCAGGCACCGCAGAAGCCUCGUCAGAUGUAUUACUCGACUCCGCUUGGCUCGGGACACCUACUAGAGCCUAUCGAGGAAGUGCGAUACUCGCUGGAGACAGAUCGUGGACAUCGUUCACCCGAGCCAAGCGCUAGCCCCCGAGUAGCCAGCCAGCUCAGUCCAACUCGCAAGAUCACCGGACCCAGACCGAUGGGCUCACGCGCCGCCAGUGGUGCAAAUGAAGGAGUCCAACAAGAGCAACUUUCCGGUACUGUAAGAAGGAAGCCAGUGCCUUCGAGCAAGAGUUGUGGUUCGUGAUUUUUGUUGAUUCAAACUUUUCUCUUUCUAUUUCACAUAUUAAACAAGAAACAUCACAUUGCUGGGAAAGUGGCGUCUGUUGUAGUGUUGCUCCAAUAG